AUGGCGUGUCUGACUGCUUCCGCCCAAAUGUUCAAUGGCGAACGUGACACAUUUUCAGUAGCCUCCACCGCCACCACCACCGCCGGAAUUACACAUUCAAUUUUCGUACUAUACUCACUGUCCCGUCGGCGAGUCUCGGAUUCACUAAGAAGCAUGUUCUACAUACCCACAGCAUUAGCUCUCACUACUUCACUCUUUAUUUUGUUUUAUAUUUCCUCAACUUCUAAUCUUCUCAAUACCUAUCAUCAUCAUUUUGUUCAAGACCCUAAUGGGAUUCUGAAAAAGAUUCAAAAUUUAAGUAGCCCAAUUGGAAGUCAAAGUCUAAGUCAACCUGGUCUUGAAUUUGACUCUACGGUGUCAAAUUUAGGGGCUCUGGAUGAUCAUAGGAGAAGUACUGAAAAUGAGAGUGUAUUUCAUGAUCAGCUCAUCUUCAUGGAAAACUAUAUCAAAAUGAACAAAAGUUUCAAGAUUUUCAUGUACCCGCACGACAAAAAUGACCCUUUUGCGAAUAUUGUACUGCCAGUGGAAUUUGAACCCGAGGGAAACUAUGCUAGUGAAAGCUUUUUCAAGAAAUCGCUCAACAAUAGUCAUUUUUUAACUGAUGAUCCCUCAAAAGCAGAUCUUUUCUAUCUACCCUUUUCGAUUGCAAGAUUGAGACAUGAUCCAAGGGUGGGAAUUGAGGGUAUGCAAGAUUUUAUCAAAGAUUACAUUUUUAAUGUUAGUCAUGAUUAUCCAUACUGGAAUCGCACUGGUGGCGCCGACCAUUUCUAUGUUGCUUGUCAUUCAAUCGGACGGGUCGCCAUUAAUAAAGCAGAGGAGAUCAAACUUAAUGCCAUUCAAGUUGUGUGCUCUUCAAGCUAUUUUGCGUCUGCUUAUGUUCCUCAUAAAGAUGUAUCCUUACCUCAAAUUUGGCCUCGAGCACCAGAAGCUUUCCCAAAUGUUACAUCAUCCAAAAGGAACAAGCUAGCUUUUUUUGCCGGCGCUAUUAACUCCCCUGUUCGCCAAAAGCUUGUUGAUACGUGGCAUAAUGACGCUAACAUUUCUGUGCACUCAGGUCGCCUACACACGCCCUAUGAAAAAGCACUUCAAGACAGCAAAUAUUGUCUUCAUGUCAAAGGUUUUGAGGUAAACACAGCUCGUAUUGGUGAUGCAUUGUAUCAUGGUUGUGUCCUUGUGAUCAUUGCAAACCAUUAUGAUCUUCCGUUUGCAGACAUUCUAAACUGGAAAAGCUUUUCAAUCGUUGCCACAUUAGACAUCCCACUUUUACAAAGGAUCCUUGCAGAUAUAAGCUCUGAUGAGUAUGCUAAAUUGCAGCACAAUGUGCUUGAGGUUAGAAAACAUUUCCGUUGGUAUGUUAAUCCUGUUGAUUAUGAUGCUUUUUACAUGGUUAUGUAUGAAUUAUGGCUUCGUAGAAGUUCCAUUAGGGUUCCAUUGAGUUAG